AUAAUGUUUUAAAUUCAGUCGCUUACAGCUGCGUGCUCCCUUGUGCAUAGAGAACCACGUUGUCAGGACCGGGUCCGAGUCACAGUAGCGGUGUAGCCGAUUAAAUGCAUUGAUGUCAGCCAGGAUUCUUUGGAAGCAGAAAAAAUCAACAGCCAUGCAAUAAGGUACUAAAUGACAGUGCUGUUUUAACGUUAUAGCGCCAACAAACUGGUUUCACAAACAGAGGGUUCACAUAAUCACACUGCGCCUGAAAGGUUACAUAUACCUGGUUUAAAUGAGUAUAUAGUCAGAUGUUUGUAGGCUUGGCUGUACUAUGCACACAGUUUACCCUGCUUUGUCAUGUUUAUUAAUAUGCUUUACAGCACCUUGCAGGUCGUUACAAUGCUUACCUCUGCUUUACAAUGCAUUCACUAUGCUUUAUUACACUUUGCUAGGCUUUACUAUGGGAAAAGCAUCGUGUUCGCUAUUUACAGCGUGCAUACAAACUGUCAUUGUUGUUCUUUGCAUUAUAAGGUAAGUAUAUAGAAAGAUACCCACACAGGGUAACUGAUGCGCCGGCCUGUGCUGCCUUUUCUAUACCAGACAGCAAAAGCAGUGAACUAUUUUGAGCGGCGUUACUUUUCCAGUUACUGGUCUACCGCGUUAAGAAAUAAGCACUGGUGCGCGGCCGUUUUGAUUAUCCAGUACGAAUAUCCCAAAAAAUAAAAUAUUUCGUGACUGUCUCAUACGCGGAUUUUCUCAAUGUGUUUGUUGUGCUGAAACUAGGAACUCCCGAAAUUAUUUUGGCAAUACCCUGGACUCCCCAUCCGUGUCCGCCACGGUGUUUUCCCAUGUUGAAUUGUGCUUGAGAAUUUAACAACGCAUGCUUUUCUAACUUUGCCCCAGAAAGAUUGAGCAAAAAUGCCACCGCCGUCCCUGAAAUCCGUCCUCAGCAAAGCCUAAUCCCUCCACAUCGAUGCUUUCCGCGAUCUCCCGGCUCGACGCGCUCGGCGUGCCCAACCCGGCCUGUAUCCCGGUGUCGGGCCGGAAGUUAUUCGGAUCCCAGGUGAGAUGCUCCCGUCGCCAGAGAAAACAAAACACAAAAAUAAAAAGCGGAAUAUAACAUCGUGGGGGGUCGACUCUCCCGACAGCAAAGCUCUGUGAAGAUGGAUGUGGAAGAAUGCAAUGGCCGCUCCUGUGUCUCAGGAAGCGGGGAUUCGUCGAUGGAGAAGGAGUUUUCGGGGGUGAUGGCGGGACCCACUGUGAGCACUCCCAACAGCCAGCAUUCCUCCCCUAGUCGAUCGCUGAGUGCGAACUCCAUCAAGGUGGAGAUGUACAGCGAUGAAGAGGCUGUCCGAAUGCUGCCCCUGGACGAGCGCAGCCAGGAGAGAGAGGAGGGCGGGGGUCCGGAGGAGGGCGUGGGCGAGCAGGGCGGGUACUGUGACCAGUCCAACCUGGAGCCCAGCUCACCCGGGGGCAUCCGUCUGCCCAACGGCAAGCUCAAAUGUGACAUCUGUGGCAUGGUCUGCAUCGGACCCAACGUACUGAUGGUGCACAAACGCAGCCACACAGGCGAGCGCCCGUUCCAGUGUAACCAGUGUGGAGCUUCGUUCACUCAGAAGGGGAACCUGCUCCGUCACAUCAAGCUGCACUCUGGAGAGAAGCCCUUCAAGUGUCCCUUCUGCAGCUACGCCUGCCGUCGCCGCGACGCACUCAGCGGACACCUGAGAACGCACUCGGUGUCGUCCCCGACAGUCGGGAAGCCCCACAAGUGCAGUUACUGCGGCCGCAGCUACAAGCAGCAGAGCACCCUGGAGGAGCACCGGGAACGCUGCCACAGCUACCUGCAGAGCCUGGACACCCAGCACCCUCCCAACACAGGACAGCAGCAGCAGCAGGGAGAGGAGAUGAGAGACCUGGAGCUGAUGCCGGAUGCUUUGAUGCACCCGUCCUCUGAACGGAUGUCCUUCGUUGACCGCCUGGCAAACAGCAUCACCAAACGGAAGAGGUCCACGCCGCAGAAAUUCGUGGGAGAGAAGCACGUGCGUCUGAACCUCUCAGAAGUCCCUUUUGAAUUUAACUCCAGUUUCGAGAAGGAGGUGGAUCUGGUUGGGUCUCAGUCCCGCCCCCCCACCCCCCUCCCCUAAGGGGAUUCCCCCUCCUCCUUUUGGGGGAGAGGAGGAGGGUAUCUGACUGGCAGAGGGGGCCUGGAAGCCCUGAGACCCCUUCGCCUUCCCCCGCCCCACUCCACCUGUUUCUCAGACCUCACCCCAGUCAUGAGCUCUGUCUACACCCAGCUGGCUCCCCUGGGGGCGCGCUUGGAGUGCACGGGGGCGGGGGGGCCCGGGGGGAGGGAGGCCUGCGAGGGACACGAAGACCACCACGGGGUAUCGCCUAGCAACGGCUACCACGAUUCCACAGACAAUGAGAGCGUCACAGAGGAGCACCAGCAACCACAGAGAGGCUCAGCCAGACACAGCCCGGGCCAGGCCAAAGAGGACCCCAACCCCAACUCCCAGCACGUGGCCCCCCUGCUGCCCCCUCCACCGCUCACCCCCACCCAGCACCCCCCCACCAAAGCCAGCAGCCCAGCCAAAGAGACGGUGAGGGUGGUGGACGGGGAAGGGCAGUCGGUGCGAGCCUUUACGUGUGAGCAUUGUCGUAUCCUGUUUCUGGACCACGUCAUGUUUACCAUCCACAUGGGCUGCCACGGCUUCAGAGACCCCUUCGAGUGCAACAUCUGUGGCUGUCACAGCCAGGACCGCUACGAGUUCUCCUCGCACAUAGCCCGGGGCGAGCACAAGGUGGGCUGAGGGAGAAGGGGGGAAGUUUGCUUCUAACCUAGGACUGCACUUACCUGUUUCUUUGUUUGCUUCUUGGAUUCUUGUUGCACUGAUUUAGGAUGUGGGGGUGUGCAGAAAAGCCUGCCGUAGCUGGUCAGGGCAGGACUGCAUUCUUAGGAUUGAAUUGGCUUUGGGGGGAUGAAAAACGGUUUGUUACGCCGACGAAAGAUAUCCGACCUCAUGGCAAGCCCCGCAGAUUUGUGAUCCUCAUACACAGUGGUCGUUUCUGAUUCGUUUUAUCCUCUAAUUGAUCGAGCAGACUUUUUAAAGAGACAGGCGUUUCCAGUAGCGUCGUCUUCAAUGUGAGGAAGGCACUGGCCUGAAACGUUUGUCUGCUUGACCGAAUCUCGCAGCGUUUUACCUCAGAAUUGGAAUUGAGAAGGUGGCUGGCUCUUCCAAUCUAAGUAACUAGGUUUUUUACAGGUGGCCACAAACAAUGGUUCAUUUGGCAGGGGAUGCUGGGAUACAUACCAAAGACAGACAUACUGUGCGGUUAUAAAAUAGCUCAAGAUACUAGAAUUACAGCAACCAAGAGCUGUAGAGCUUAACUAACCCUUUGUGUGUGUGUGUUUAUGGCCCUCUAGCAGAGAUUAUACAAAAGACCACAGACUUCUCAGGCUAGUAACCUAGCAACUACUCCACCACCGAGUCUAGCACACUUCCCAUUGAAAACCACAGUGGUCAUUUGAAUCAUGACUGUUGUCUCACCACAGGUAGAACUGGCUUUCCUACUGAAGAAUUCAGCUCAGUUAAAACAUUGCUAUCAGUCUUGGAAGGGGGUUGUAGCUAGUGUAUAUAGGUUUUGCACAUCCCUGUUUGUAAAAGAUCUGUUUGUAGGACGUGGCAGUUAAUUGUUGUCCCUUUUUUGUUUGUUU